CCACCCACCCCAGCCUCGGCCGCUGCUGGCCCCGGCUACGCCGUCCGGCCCUGGCUCGGCGGCUGCUGGGCGAGGGGACCAUGAGCGCCUUGCGGGACGUCUCGCUGCAGGACCCGCGGCUGCGCUACGAGCUCAUCCAGCGCAUCGGCUCCGGCACUUACGGCGACGUCUACAAGGGGCGAGAUACAGAAACCGGAGAACUGGCAGCCAUUAAAAUUGUGAAAAUCGACCCAGGAGAUGACAUCGGAUCCGUUCAGCAAGAAAUCACCACCCUCAGGGAUUGUCGCCACCACAACGUUGUGAUGUAUUUUGGAAGCUACCUCAGGAAUGAUCGGCUGUGGAUUUGCAUGGAAUACUGUGGAGGGGGGUCUCUUCAGGAGAUCUAUCACAGUACUGGGCCUCUGUCCGAAAAACAGAUUGCCUAUGUCUGCAGAGAAACCCUCCAGGGACUUCACCACUUACACACCAAAGGGAAAAUGCACCGAGACAUUAAGGGGGCCAACAUCCUGCUGACGACCAACGGCGACGUCAAAUUGGCGGACUUCGGGGUCUCGGCAGAACUGACCGCUUCGGUGGCCAAGCGAAAAUCGUUCAUCGGAACGCCCUAUUGGAUGGCACCAGAGGUGGCCGCGGUGGAGAAGAAAGGCGGCUACAACCACCUGUGCGACAUCUGGGCCCUGGGUAUCACCGCUAUUGAACUGGCAGAGCUGCAGCCCCCACUCUUUGACCUGCACCCCAUGAGGGCUCUGAUGUUGAUGUCCAAGAGCAACUUCCAGCCCCCCAAGCUAAAAGAUAAGGCGUGUUGGUCUCCUGAUUUUCACCAGUUCCUCAAACUCUCCUUGACCAAAAAUCCAAGAAAACGACCAGUGGCAGAAAAACUCUUGCAGCAUCCUUUCGUCUGCCAGCCUUUAGCUCGCGUUCUUGCCGUAGAAUUACUGGAUAAAGCCACAAACCCUGAAUUGGCUGCUUCUGCCUUGGAUGAUGGGGAUUUCGAGGCUUACGAUGUUUUCCCCGAUAAAAUCUGCUCGAGUAAGCCCCGUGGGCCGUCAGAAGGCACUCUGUCGGAGAUCCAGCUUAACCAGGUUAAAUUCGGCCCUCCGCUAAGGAAAGAAACAGAGCCGUGGGGCAAACCAGCAGAAGAAGAGGAAGAGAAUUGGAUGGUGCUUGGAGACGGAGAGAGCUUGCUUCAGUCCGUCGAAGAGGCCCUGGAAGAGAGGAGUCUAACCAUCCGCCCAGCACGUCCUACAGAGCAGACCGAGGAGGAGCAGCGGACGGGCGGACUUGGGGAAGAUGUUUCCAGCACUAUCAAAAGGGGCCCCUUUUGGGAUUUCCUUAACCUUGAGCUCGCCUAUAAGGCUCCCUGGGAGCAGGACGGGGAGCAGUCGGAUCUGGAGGGGCCCAGGGACCACACCGUCCCAGGCAACACAGCCUUCGGUGGGACGCCAGACGCUCCUGUGGUGGAUUCUCCCAAACCUCCAGACAGCCUCCUCUCCACUGAGUGGGCCACCAUGAAAAAGAAGGAGGAAGCCACCAGAUUGCUGUGCCACGGAUUGCCCCCUACACCCAAAGUUCAUAUGGGAGCUUGUUUUUCCAAGGUUUUCAAUGGCUGCCCACUGAAGAUCAACUCAGCUACCACGUGGAUCCAUCCGGAAACACGAGAUCUGUAUCUGGUUGUGGGAGCAGAGGAAGGUAUAUAUACCUUGAAUCUUCAUGAGCUCCACGAAGACACGAUGGAGAAGCUCCUUCCCCACCGAUGCUCUUGGCUCUACUGUAUUAACAAUACCCUCCUGACUUUGGCAGGAAAAUCCCCCCAGAUCUCUUCACACAACCUCUUGGGUCUCUUCGAACAACGUCGUCAGCUUCAAAAGCGGCCGGUUCCUCUUUCCAUUGCCACCAACCGACUGACGGAGAGAAUCAUCCCCAGGAAGUUUGCUCUGUCAGCCAAGAUAGCAGAUACCAAAGGGUGCCUUAAGUGUCAAAUUGUCCGAAAUCCUUACUCAGGAAACACCUUUCUGUGUGCCGCCCUGCCGUCCAGCCUGGCCCUCCUUCAGUGGUACGAACCUUUGCAGAAAUUUAUGCUACUGAAGCACGUCCCCGUGCUGCUACCCGAUCCCCUCUCCCUGUUCGAGCUGCUGGUCGUGGAGACGGAGGAAUACCCGCAAGUGUGCUUCGGCGUCACCGGCAGCGAUCAGCCGGGGGCCGAGCUGCAUUUCAGCGUCCUCUCGCUCAGCACCGGCCACACCACCUCCAGCCCUUCCAAACGUCCUCUCGUCCUGGCCAGCCACGUCACUCAGAUGGACCGAGAUACUGUCCUUGUUUGUUUUGAACGCUGCGUCCGGGUCGUGAAUCUGCGAGGGACGCCGCAAGGAGUGUUUGCACCCGAGCUCGUUUUCAAUUUCCCCAUCGAAACCAUUGUGUGCCUUCAAGACAGUGUCUUGGCUUUCUGGAAACAUGGCAUGCAAGGCCGAAGCCUGGAAUCUAGUGAGGUGACUCAGGAGGUCACAGACGAAUCCAGGGUUUUCCGAGUCUUGGGUGCUCACAGGGACAUCAUCCUUGAGAGUACCCCAACUGACAAUCCCACGGCGCACAGCAACCUCUACAUCCUGACGGGUCAUGAAAGUAGCUACUAAUUUCCUCCCGACAGCCACUCUGGCACGCACGCGAGUGUGCAACAGAUCCUUCCUAGAGCCAGUUGCCGAUGUCAGCCAAUGUGUCGGCAUAGGAGAUGCUCCAGGUGGGCGUCGACAGAGGACGGCUCAUACGGCCCUGGAUCCUGGACUGACUGCUGGUUGGGCCUCCAGAGGUCGUCUUGGUGCCUGGCGAGCACGGCUCCCCAUAUUUGGGGGCCAGUGUUUCUUGAGAUAAUUCUGCAAUAAUUCAACCGCUUGUCAGUCGGGAGAAACUCGCACCCGAUCCCGGCUGACACCUUGUGCCUGCUUGAAUGCUUCUUCCUUUUUUUCCCCACCCUUCCCAGCUCCUCUUUCCUCUUCUUUUAAAAUGCUUAGGAGUCGUGCGCGGUGACGGCGUGCGGUCGCCGCGUCUUGGCAUGGCCGACCGAGUGAAGACAAUCGUUUGCCACGGGUAUAGAAGGCAGCUUCCUUCCUAAGCUUCAGCUUUUAACGUCUUCAGGGCACUUUGAAGUUCUGGGCUGUUAUUCCGGAAUAGGGAACGAGGGAGAAAUUGUUUAUUUGGGGGCCAGUCAACUGGAGAAAUGUAGGGUCCUGCCCAGGACGAGCAAAACAGGGUGACUGUUACAGGAAUGAAUGCGAUCGUUUGACUCUGUGCGGUUGUUUAUCUGUCGGGAGGUAAGAGUAAUUGUGGUUUUCUGGUUUUGUUUUGUUUUUCUUUUUAAUGACUAUUUUGAAUGGCUAAAGGAGAUGCGAGGUGAGCAAUUCCGAUUUGGAAACCAGAUCAAUGGUUCUGCAGAGGCCAACUCCCAGAAUUCCCAAAGGAUGAUAAGCCGUUGCUAGAAAAGAAUUGAUCCCACAUAUUUCGAGUUAUGGACGGCAGGGGAGAACAAUUCAAUUUUAAGAACCCAGAUGUGGGUGAGUGUACCAUUUCCAAAGAUGCGGACUUCAAUUCCCAGAAUUCCCUAACCGUCAAUAACCGUUGCUGAGAAUUCUGGGAGUUGAAGGUCACUCUUCAGGUGUAUGGAUUUCAAUCCCCCAGAAUUCCCCAGCCACUAUAUCCAGAAUUCUGGAAAAGCAACUCCAAACAUCUGGACGUGCUCCAAAACAUCUUCUCAGAUGUGCUGAGAAACUUUUCCUUGUAUUCUUGGUGGCCAGGUGCCUUUUAGUCCCACCCACCUGGAAAAUCUCAGGGGGAGGAAACUGGUUGUUUAGCGGGUUUUAAGUACAGAAUUAACACGUGGUUGAAAAUGUGUGGCCUUCUGGGUAUUGUAGUUCUUGACUCACAACUGUAAUUGAGCCGGGAAUUAUGGCCUCAAGUCAUUCUGAUUGUAUGGUUAAGACAACCACACGACCAGAAAUAAUUUUCCGGUCUGUUUGACUGCAAUCAUUCAUUCGAAGGGGUAAUUUUUGCCAGAAAUUAGCAAAAAUAAAAAUAAAAAAAAUGCCAGAAACUGGCAAAAAAAACCACCAAAUCACUUGCAAAUGAAAUGCCAUGUGGCUAAUAUAAAGCUAACGUGUCAUAUAGGGAGGAGCAGCGCGACCGGAGAUGUUUUGUGACUUAUUCAUGGCCAUCGUAACUUCAGCUUGAUGGCUGUCUUAACUUCAAACGUUCCACAACUCGUUCUGUGGCUGUCGUCACUUCAAAUGGUUGUUAAAACGACUGGUUGUUAAGUGAGGAUUUAUCUCUAAUGCAAAUUCCCAGCAUUCCCAGUUCUGUUUUGUUUCUGUUUGGAUUGCUGGGCGUCGUAGUUUAGAAUUACUCCCAAGGUUGAGAGAUUUCUCAUUCCUCUUCUACGAAACGUCAGAGUUGUGAUCCACCUUUCCAUAAAACCACAGUUCCCAAUCAUCAGUUAUUCACAUCUGGGACCAAAACACUAAAUGCAUGCAUCUGUUAAGUGAUGCUUGGUUUGUAAAGAGAAAAAAGAAAACAAACCUCCAAAAUAUUAGAUGUAGCCCAUGCUUGAAUGUGUCAUCCCACUUCUUUAAAAAAAAAAUAGCAGCUGUGGGAAGGAUUCCUCGUCAGGGAGGAAGUGGCACACAGGAAAAAUAUAUAUUUUUUCCCCUGGAGAAUCUUUUCCCUAGGUGCCAAAUACAUUAAGAAAAAACCUUUGCCUGCUGGUUUCUGAAGCUAUUUUUUUCCAGGAGAAUUAUGCAGCCACCGGCUUCUCGGUGGAGAAAGAUGGUUUUCAGGAUAAAUUAGGAGAAGAAAGAAACCCUUUCGCCCCUCCUUCAGAUAGCGGCGAGGCCUCCCCAUCCUCUCCCCAUCCUCCAGCUUCAAAGGCGAAAAGCAGCAUUCUCUUUGCUUACCCCAAGAAGCAGUUAAAAGUGCAGAUGUCUGCAGUUGUGCAGGCCCUAAAGCCAGCCAGAUAGAUGUGCAAGUUGCAGACCAUGAAAUGGGUCCAGCUGCUUGAAUAACCAGGGGGCAUUGUGGAUGGGUAGGGAGAGUGGUGCGGUGGCCUAGAGGUGGAGCUCUUGCCUCACAAUCGGGAGGCUGUGAGUUCAAUCCUAGGUAGAGGCCGAUCUUUCUCUCUCUGGGCACAAUGAGAAUGUAUACCUGCUGAACAAAACUCCGCAUUGGUGACAGGAAAGGCAUCUGGCCAGUAAACACUCAACUCCAUUCAAUUGCCCAGACUCCACCCUGCAAGGAAUUAUGGGGUCGUUAAACGAAGAUGAUGAUUGUGGGUGGAUGGGGCUGGUUCAUGGAAAGACAAGAUUUGAAGGCCCCAGGGGGAGCAAUUUGGAGAUGUGAGGGUGCCAGGAAUUAAUUGCCCAAAUUGAGAGAGAGGUAUCUUUAGGCAGCCCAAAUGGAGAUUUUAAAAGGCUACGUUUAACUAACAGGUUGACAUAUUUCUAUGACAAAACAUCUUUCAAUGUUUCUCAAUUGUGGUGGCUGUAAAAAUGUGUGGACUUCAACUCCCAGAAUUCCGUAGCCAGCCAGCCUGGCUGACUAGGGAUUUCUGGGAAUUGAAGUUCACAUAUCUUACAGCUGCCAAAGUUGAGGAACAUUGAUCGAAUCUGAGGUCACUAGGAAGUGACGGUUAUUCUUUGCAAACCCCCGAAGCCCAGAACAAACUCUUCAAACGUCAGAAUCUCAAUCUUGGCUUGUUAAGGUAGUAACCACAAUCCUCCCGAACUCCGAUGCUAUGGCUUUUCCUUCCCAGAAUGCUGCUCAUCUUUUUUUAUUUUUCCUUUUUUCUCCUUGUGUUUUAUAACUGCUAAAGCUGGAAUGUCGUUGUCCUGAGAAAAUCGAAACUUGAAAACAAAAGAGAGAAGAAAAUAUAGCUAUUUAACAUAGAGAAGGAUAUUAAAUCGUGAUAUUUUA